AUGUUCUCCUUCAUCAAACAGAAAAAGAUUAUGGAAGAUCUCUCCACAAUCAAGAAAAAGCAAUUAGUCAAACAUGCCGAUUAUAUCUUGGAAAAGAGAAAUGAAAUUAAGAAAAUACAGGAGAUGGAUGCGAUUGGUAAAGCAACAACUCCGAAGGCUGAAAUUGCUCCAUCAGAACAACAACAGAAGAAACAAACUUCAUCAAAACCAUCAACAAACAAGAAUGACAACACCACAUUUAUAAACAAUAAGAAAAGUGUUAACAAAUCAACAAAUUCCAGAAAUGAAUAUGGAGGAACAUCUUCACAAGUUUUGGUUUCGGAGGAAACACAAGAAAGCUCAGCCACAGAGUCAUCAGCUGUGGAAUUUCCUCAAACUGAAUAUCAAAAUCAUUUGUUUAAAAUAGCUGAAAAAUUCGAAAAAAUUGAUCCAGACCUUUCAAUGUUUUUUAUGAAGAGAUUUUAUGAUGAAAUUAAUAGCUCUGCUAAUUUGGACAAGCACGCAGACAAAUAUAACAAGUGUUGUCUAUUUUGUGGACAUUCAUUUCUGAACAGAAAUGAAGGAUAUCAUCUCAUGAAGCAACCAUCGAACAAAGUUGUAAUUAGAGAUGUCACCAAGGACGACAAGUUGUGUUCACUUAAUUUGAAGAAAUUUUUUGGAUCUAAAAAAGAGCGAGUGAAAUGGUCUCAUAUGGUUCAUUGCCUAUGCACCACGAAAACAGCCUCUAAUAACGUGCUUACCUACCGAUGCAAGAAUUGUCACAAAUACUUAAUUGUUCCAUUUGACAAAGAUGUGGCUCUUCAAGUAUCAAAACCGGAAAACAAACAAGAUGUACAAGCCAAACAAAGAGAACAGCAGAAGAGCCAUGCAACCUCAAGUGAAGGCGUAACAUCUCCACAAGUGAAUAUGACUUCUUCCAGCAACAUCUCAACCCUUCCCUCAUCAACAACAGAUAAACCCUCACCCACAAAACCUCAAAAGAAACAAAAUCAGUCUCAAGUUUCUCAAAGCACCAUACCAAACAAUAGCGAAAACUCAAACGAAAAGAAGAGAAAGAGAGAUAACGUAAAAUCUUUAUCAGAGACAUCUCAAACUUCAAAAAGCAAGGAAACAAUCACUACUCCUAACAAUAAGGAAGCCAAGAAGAAAAAAAAGAAGAAUAUUUCAAGCACGACAUCAGCUAGUGACUUUUUGAAAAUGCUCUAA